CCAUAACCAAUCUGAAGCGAGGUUGAAUCCGAACUGUGUCUCGACUUGAAUAUCUCUGAGUUUUGUGUGGGCGCGUGGCGCCAGUUUGAAUUGUCAUCGGAUUGCAUGCAUGCUGGUAGCAGAAGGAUGAUGCAGAGCAAAGCAGAGAUCAACCUGCAGCGGCUCCUCCGGAGCUGUGAGAAAAUGGGAGAGGAAAUGGAUGACGAGGAGCUUGCAGAAGAUGCCAAAUUAAAAAGCUACGUAACAUCCCUGCGACAACAGCUGAGUGCGCUUCUUGGGGAAGGAGUUCAUCAAUCUUUACCAAGCAUAUCUGGUUCCAAGGCGGCGGAGUAUCGAAACCGGAUUGAUGCUCUUUCCCAAAAGCUAGGCAAGCAAAAGGAGCUAUCUGAUUCAGCUGUCCGAGGCGAGAACAAGGAAUCUGGGCAAGGGGAAGGGAAAGGGGAAGAGGCUAUUGGCGCAGCAGUUUCGCCAUCUUCUAAUGCCUCGCAAGGGGCACCAACAACUCGCCCCUCCACUCUACGCCAACGCCAGAAAGGCGGAGCAACGAAGAAUGAAUCACCAGGUACAUGGGAGAAAGUGGAUGCAAGUGGGAAUUCUUCGGUGUCCAGGUUGGAUGCAUCUGCAGAGAGGUUCAUCCAAAAACACAGGGAAUUGCAGGAGACCCUGACUGAUGAGAUGGUAGAGUUGGCCGGACAAUUGAAGUUGAAUAGCCUCAUGUUUGACCAAGCUGUGAAGUCUGCCGACAAGACUCUUGACGAUACAGAUGUGUUGAUGGAACGGAACCUCGCCGCGACAAACAGAGUUAAUAAAACAGCAAGUGAAACGUACUCCACCGGGUCUAAAACGAGCUGGAUGACGUGGAUAAUUGUUUUUUUAAUGUGUAUUAUAUUCAUGAUGAUGGUAUUUCUCAUCCGCAUAACAUGACGGGAGGAAGAGAAGAAAGGCAUGACGGGUCUACUAUACCAGGUGGAGGAUGUUGCUUGGCGGACAGAAGCUCUUGUUGCGGUGUUGAGAUCCAUAUUCUCCAGGGAAUGACAGACUUGCGUUAGACCACCACUACGUGCAGCACGCCUGUCACCGAAAAGGCUCUUUGAAUUCUGGAGACGUGUGACGCACGGACUCCACAGAUGGAUUUUAUCGACGGCAGGCCCAGCGUCCCGACAAUUCGGAGGCAUGCAGGUGGUGAAAAAAAACCAAAAAAAUCGGUGCUCUGCAGGGUCAAGAACAAGGAAGCUUCUGAUGACAUGCAUAAUUUCAUUGUUUAAAAUUUAAAUCUGUUUUAAAAUUAAAAUAAAAAUUCGAAUUUGUGAUGUGUUUUUUAUGAGUUUUAUUUUCAUGAUGAUGACGAUGAUGAUAGUGCUCCCCUCCUCUGUAUCGCAAAUGAUGGGAGAUGAACAGUCCUACCCGAUCAAAAUGGCGGAGACGGCAGCCAAAACAAGAUAAAAACGCCACUGUGGC